GCAUCGUCGGAGCCGCGUCGCCCUCAGGAUGUCGUUUCGCCAGCGGAGCCCCCUGGCCGGCCGGACUCGUAGCAGACCGACAGCUUCGUGGAGUCAAGGCAGGAAGCGUGAUGCAGAUGGGAAGCACAGAAACACGCAUGAACCGAGCGGCCCAACCAUCGAUUACGAUACGUACAGUCUGGCCGAUGGCAGAUCCGAGAGUUUCACCACCCCGGAGGGCCACAAGCCCCGUUCGAGAUGUUCAGACUGGGGGAGUGCAGUUGAAGAAGAUGAGAUGAGGACUAACGUCAACAGAGAAAUGGCAAGAUACAAAAGAAAGCUUCUAAUAAAUGAAUUUGGAAGAGAAAGGAAGACCUCUACUGGAAGUUCGGAUUCCAAGGAAUCUACAGCAGUCGUGGAGCUGGAGACUGACGAGGCUGUUCUAAUGAGGAGACAAAAACAAAUAAAUUAUGGGAAGAAUACUCUGGCAUAUGACAGAUAUAUUCAAGAAGUUCCUAGGUGUCUACGGGUUCCUGGGGUCCAUCCAAGGACUCCAAAUAAAUUUAAAAAGUACAGUCGGAGAUCUUGGGAUCAACAGAUCAGACUUUGGAAAGUCGCGUUGCAUUUUUGGGACCCUCCUCACGAAGAAGGCUCUGAUGCGCAAGUACUUAGCCCUGUUGAUCUUGGUGACAUGGAAACAGAAUCCGUAGGAAGUAAUUCCUUGGUGCUACAGGGAAGUUCCCAAGAAAACAAUGUAAGUAAUUUGAACCUUGGCUUAAGUUUCAAUAUUGCGUCAGCGUCCAUAGAUUGCUAG